AUCACAAGGGACAGCCAUUUUGAGCUUCUCUUCCAGUGUAGGUACUCUGGCACUUCUGUGGAAGCUCUUGUUGUGGAGGUUAACACUGUUCCUCCACCUCCACCAGUAGCUGCUCCUGGACCCCUCAGGGUGCAGCUUAGACUGGCCAAUGGCCAGUGUGUCACCAAAGGUUGUGCUGAAGGGGAUGAGGCCUUCACGUCCUACUACAGUGAUGCUGAUUAUCCCAUCACAAAAGUCCUUCGUGAGCCUGUGUAUGUUGAGGUGCGCCUAAUGGAGAGGACCGACCCCAACAUUGUCCUGAUUCUGGGACGCUGCUGGGCAACUUCAACCCCAAGUCCACUCAGUCUACCUCAGUGGGACCUUCUGGUUCAUGGAUGCCCUUACCAGGAUGACCGUUACCUGACCACGUUAGUUCCAGUGACUGGAUCAUCUGGUCUUCAGUUCCCAACCCACUACAAGCGCUUUAUUGUGGAGAUGUUCACGUUUGUGGAUCCGGCGUCAUUGGCUCCUCUGCAAGAAACUAUCUUCAUCCACUGUAGUACAGCAGCGUGCCAUCCAUCUUCUGGCUCCUGUGAGCAAAGCUGCAGCAGGAAGAGAAGGGACACUCAAGCCAUGACAAUCUCUAGAGAGCAGACUGUGGUUUCCAGUGGAGAAGUUACUCUGAUCAUGUAAAUCUCAAGUUAAUAAACUUCAUGAAACCCAAGA